UAAAUGUGGCUACUUUGGAGUUUGGACGGAGAAAGGAAGACGAUAUUUUUGCCGAAAUCAGGGCGGGGAACUGACUGAAAAGCCAAACAGAGGGCACAGAAAACCCACCAUACUCUCAAACCGGAAGCAGUUGUAUCCUCACAAGCAAGAACAGAAACACGGUCGAAGAAGGGGCGAUUAAUCCGGAACAUUCAGGGUCACAUCCCCCGUUUUUAAUCACCUUGGGGUUCCUAAAAGCCUUCGGCACCGAUGGCGUCCCUCCUCUUGAAGCACCUGGCUGCCUCCCUGACCCGCCAAGUGGCCCAGAUGAGCAGGUUAAGUGCAGCUGGUGCCUUCAGGUGCCUCUCCAGCCUCACCUCGGCUCACCGCUCGCCUCUCUCGGCAUCCACCGGCGUCGGCUCCUUCCAGCCCCUCUCGCCCGGCUCCUCCUCCUCCUCUCGCUCUCUCUUGGGACAGUGUCGCCAUCUUCCCUGCAUCCAGCCCUCCGCGGGGAUGAAGACCAAGUCGGCCCUGAAGCGCCGCUGCAAAGACUGUUUCAUUGUUCGCCGGCGGGGGCGUUUGUUUGUGUUCUGCAAGACGCAUCCGAGACACAAGCAGAGGCAGGGCUGAGAGCCACGGGCGAGCAGUGAGAAGACGGCUCUGGAGAAGAAUUGUGAUUUUAUUUUAUUUUUGGGGGAAAAUAAAGUGUUUGGCUGAAGAAUU